ACACGCACGCAUGCACGCAAUUGACAGACAGACGGAAGUGAGGUAGACUGAAAUAGCAUGUCUUCCUAUGCAGAAUAAAUACAGUGAUGCUUCCCUCCUGAUACUGACUGUACCGUCAAGCUUGAUAAACGACAACAUUGAAAAGCUGUCAUAAAACAAACGAGAUGAAUUCCUCAAGAAGAAGCGAAAGCGAUUGGCAGGGUUUGGUCAGCGAGGACUCGAGGCUCACCAAAGACAUUUACAAAGACUGGCUUGUUAAAGGUCAUCCAUAUGGCCCGAUGAAGAGCCUGCCGCAAAUCAAUAAAAGUGGGUGAAGCAGCUGUGACGAGCCAUGCUGCUGGAGCAUCACACAUGACGGCACUGCACAAGUUAAAAGCAGUUCCCACUCUAUUGAACUAAGUGGAAAAGUAAUCGUCAUCUACAUCACCACCAAGACAAUCUUCUACAACUACUACCACAUUCACCACCUCCUCAAGACAGUCUGUCAUAACUGGCGUUCCCAAAGAGGACACAUUGCGGGCUGAGACGUUAUGGUGUCUGAAUAUGAUGGAGUCUUACUACUCUUUCCACUCUAGUGAACGCACAGUUCCUGGUGUGUAAGCGCAAGUUGGAGAGCAAGAAGGAGGCCCUCCUGAUUCUGUCCAAGGAGCUGGAUACCUGUCAACAGGAGAGAGACCAAUACCAGCUGAUGGCCAACCAGCUCCGAGAACGCCACCAGGGACUCAAGAAGAAGUACAGGGAACUCAUAGAUGGAGACUCCAGUCUACCACCUGAAAAACGAAAUCAAUUGAAUUUGGCCCAGCUGUUGAGAGACUCCAGAGAAAGGACUAAGCAGCUGUCUGAAGAGGUGAAGGAGCUGCGUCAACGACUGGCUGAGGCCCAGGGGGAUAACAAGCUCCUGCGGAUGACCAUAGCCAGACAGAGGUUGGGGGAUGAAGAGGUGGGGGCAAGGCACUUCCAGGCCUAUGAGCGGGAGGACCUGGUCCAGCAGUUGGAGACAGCACGAGAGCAGAAUGAGGAGCUGGAGCACAGUGUGAAAUCUCUGACGGAUGAGCUGCAGGAUGUGAGGGCGGAGCGUAACGUGUUCCAGGAAAAGGCCCAGCGGCUGAACCACGAGGUGAACCACAUCUUGGGGGGACACGAGUGUCGGAUUCUAGACGUAGAUGCACUCUGCAUGGAGAACAGAUAUUUACACGAGCGGUUCAAACAACUGCAGGAGGAGGUCACCAUGCUCAAAAUGAAUGUCAUGAAGUACAAGAGUGCUCUGGAGAGCAGGAAGAACUCCAAGACUUAUGGCAAAGCUAACAGCAGUGCACUCACUGGGGUGCUCUCUGCCAAACAAGUGCAGGAAUUAUUGCUUUCUGAGGACAACGGAUGCAGUCUCCCUGUCACGUCUCAGUCCAUCUCAGACCUCAAGUCCCUGGCCACAGCCCUACUGGAAACUAUCCAUGAGAAGAACCUGGUCAUUCAGCACCAGCGCCAAACCAACAAGAUUCUGGGAAACCGAGUAGGGGAGCUUGAGAAUAAACUGAAGACUCUAGAGGUGUCGGGAUUAUGGAGCCUCCCAGGCCUGACUUACAAUGUGUCUCUGGGAUUCUCUGGAAGAGGGAGAGAUGCCAUCAUCCUGAAUGAAACUCUGCAGCCUAGCUCCACUGUGACAAGCUCUGAGGAGAAGAAAGUACCAUCCAAUGAUCACGAAGUACCCCCUACUGAGCACGAAGUACCCCCUACUGAGCACGAAGUACCCCCUACUGAGCACGAAGUACCCCCUACUGAGCACGAAGUACCCCCUACUGAGCACGAAGUACCCGCUACUGAGCACGAAGUACCCGCUACUGAGCACGAAGUACCCGCUACUGAGCACGAAGUACCCGCUACUGAGCACAAAGUACCCGCUACUGAGCACGAAGUACCCGCUACUGAGCACGAAGUACCCGCUACUGAGCACGAAGUACCCGCUACUGAGCACGAAGUACCCGCUACUGAGCACGAAGUACCCCCUACUGAGCACGAAGUACCCCCUACUGAGCACGAAGUACCCCCUACUGAGCACGAAGUACCCCCUACUGAGCACGAAGUACCCCCUACUGAGCACGAAGUACCCCCUACUGAGCACGAAGUACCCCCUACUGAGCACGAAGUACCCCCUACUGAGCACGAAGUACCCCCUACUGAGCACGAAGUACCCCCUACUGAGCACGAAGUACCCCCUACUGAGCACGAAGUACCCCCUACUGAGCACGAAGUACCCCCUACUGAGCACGAAGUACCCCCUACUGAGCACGAAGUACCCCCUACUGAGCACGAAGUACCCCCUACUGAGCACGAAGUACCCCCUACUGAGCACGAAGUACCCCCUACUGAGCAGGAUGUAACCCCCAAUGAGCAGGAAGUACCUCCCACUAACCACAAAGUACCCCCUACUGAGCAGGAGGUACCUUCCACUGUGCAGUCUACCACAGAGGAUGACAAGGUAGCCAAUGACAUGCAGAUCCCCGUCCCAAGACAUGUGGGGGGGUUACCCAGUGUGACGGGGGAUACAGAAAUAAGCACCAAGGAGUCAGAGCCACUAGUGUCACCAGUCAGCCUGGACACAUCCAAGCAAAACUAGUCAGGCAAAACUGCUGAGGAAGUCACUGACUUCUCAAGCAGAGACAAUAAACCUGGAUGAAUGUCAGACUGUCGACCAAUCACAAAGUGCAAAUGAGGUCACGGUGCUUCCAUGGUACCAAUUAGAUGAGACUGUAGGCGGGACUCCAUCCCCUUCCUCAAGGCCAGACUUGGACGUGUCCUCCUGUAAGACAUAUGCCACAUCAGAGCCUCUAAAUUACACAAAACCCACCCAGAGAGAGGUAAGUUGGUCAGAUGACAGCGUCUUUAGGGUGGGGUCUGAGGAGAUUGACAUGGCAGAGGGCUCUAUGACAGAAAACACCAAUCUUCCAUCCUCAACAUCAACCUGCAGCUCUCCUAUUCAAACUAGUCCCACCCACGGGGAGAAUAACCAAUCACACCACAAGGCAGAACAUUCAGAAGAUGUGAGGGUCGAGUGCUUAACGAAUAAGAAGUCAAAUCCUUCCCUUGAACAGUAGCCACUCAAGUACUGAAUGAUCAGACCGGGAUGGGAAAACAGUGAAGAAUGACAGCUACUUCAGCCAAAACCAUGCCUAGAUUGACACUGUAAUAGAAUGGGUUUCAAUAUUCCUGAGGGUGCAUUCUGUAAAAUGUCGUACUGCUUAUUGGUGAUUCCAAGCUCCCAAGAUUUCUGUUUUUACUCUGCUACAGUUGCUCUAACGUGGAAUUGAACCCUGCGGCCCUUCUAUUCAGUGGUUGAAGCUGGCCUGGACUGACCAGUACAGAGAACCUACUAGCUCCUCAUAUGUUCUACUGCUUUUUAUUUUUAUGUACACUGCUCAAAAAAAUAAAGGGAACACUAAAAUAA